CGCUCCUUUUGCUUUCCUUCUUUUUUUAAACUCCUGGAUUUUACGUGUAUUGCACAGAAACACUGCUGCCGUAGGUAUUUUGUCAAAGUGGCCUGGGGCUGGACCUUCUGUCUCCUCCUGCCUUUCAUUGCCCUCACCAACUAUCACCUGACGGGCAAGGCUGGCCUGGUCCUGCGACGGUUGAGCACUCUGCUUGUGGGCACGGCCAUCUGGUAUGUCUGCACAGCCAUCUUCUCCAGUGUUGAACACUACACAGGCAGCUGCUACCAGUCACCAGCCCUGGAGGGGAUCAGAAAGGAGCACCAGAGUAAGCAGCAGUGCCACAGGGAAGGAGGCUUUUGGUAUGGCUUUGACAUCUCAGGCCACUCCUUCCUGCUGACCUUCUGUGCCCUCAUGAUUGUGGAGGAGAUGGCUGUGCUGCAUGAGGUGAAGACCGACCGAAGCCACCAUCUCCACACCGCCAUCACCACCCUGGUCGUCGCCCUGGGCUUCCUGACCUUCAUUUGGGUGUGGAUGUUUCUGUGCACUGCCGUUUAUUUCCACAACCUGUCCCAGAAAGUAUUUGGCACCCUGUUCGGUUUGCUGGGCUGGUAUGGGACAUACGGGUUUUGGUAUCUGAAAUCUUUUUCCCCAGGACUUCCUCCCCAGAGCUCUACUUUGAAUUUGAAGCAAGACAGUUAUAAGAAAUAAAAGAAAAACACAAGGAACAACAGCAGGACAAUGGCUAAUAUAUUUUUGAUUUAUUUUUCUUAAUUAUUUGACUAAAUUAUUGAUUCUACAUCAGAGAGGAAGCUCACUGGGCAGUUUCGGUGGGUGGUGGUGGAGUCUGGGGAACUCAUUCCCCAGAUUGUUCUUGGCGACAUCACUCUGUGUCACAAGCACCACCAUUUCCAGUUAGGCACUUUUUGUCCCUGGCAAGACUUGACCUUAAUCUGGACUGUCCCUUUUGUCCCUAGAGGGCACUAAGGCUCAGUGACAGGGCAGAAUCAGGAAAGCCUCUUCUGUGUGGCUGAAGGGGAGGCCAGGGCCUUAGGACUCAUCUGCUGUCAUCGUUCUCUCCCUGAUUCUAGUCAUCUUUUGUUUUAAUGACUGUUAUUGCUAUUAUUUAACAGUAUUUCCCUCUGGUCAAAACAACCAACCAUGGCCUGAAAGACAUUCUGGCUUUAGCAUUUGUUUCAUCCGUGGAAUGUUAAACAUUGCAACUGCCUUGUGAUUACCUACCAAAACACUUAAACUGGAGUCCCUCUGCAAAUGAAUAUUGGAUGAUUUUCAUGUAAUGAACAGUGAGUGAUAAUUUUCUGUUGUGUUGUCUAUUAUAUAUUGGUGUUUGGAGCAAUAAGGUUACCUUUUUUCCCCUUAUAUUUUGAAUGAACGCUUUAUAGUUUUUAAUAACAACUAUGGCAUUUGUUCUUUGUUGACAAAACUCCUGAAAAUAACUCACAACUCUGCUGCUGCACUUUUGCACAUGUGUGUAGAUUGCUUUGAGGGUUUUUUUUUUUGGAACACUAACUUUUUAUGAACCAAACUCUUGGCUGAUGGUAUUAAAUUCCACCUUUGAAUAAAACCAGAAAUUAGACCUUUUAAUAAUAACGAUGAAUUUUAAGCUGAAUCAGAGUAAUUUUAUAAAAUGUGUAAUUGCACUGAAACUUACCUCACCACAUAUUAUUGGUAUAGACUGACCAGUGCUUCAGAGUGAUAUGUACAUUGAUCAGUCUGCUGUGGCCCAAGGCCAUUUUUACCUUUGGAUAGAUUAUAAUAAGUCAGAAGUGAAGGAGAAUGCCUUCCAUUGCCUCUGAUGGCAAGAAACUAAGCUGUUUGAGAAGAUGUCCUUAUUAAAUGGUGGCAUGACUUUGGCCUUACCCUCCUCUAAUCUGUACCACCAUCAGAGGCAAACUAAAUCUGGGCCUAUUCUACUGGUAUUGAAAUCACUUUUUCUGUCUCCUUUGCAGCCUUUUCUCAAUUUCUCACCUUGAUAUUCUGUGGUCUUGACUGUGACAGUGCUGGGAAGGGUUAGAAAUUCUGUCACCUCCACCUCACAAAGGCACAGUUAUAUGCUCUGUGAGGGGAGGGGAAGGGAGCUGUCUCCUUAAGCCUUUCAAGCUGAACCCCUUGCGUUUUGGAUAAUCAUCUUUGAAACUUCUUUGACUCCACACCACUCCAGUUAACAGCAUACAGAUAAGCACUACACUUUUGAAUGGCCUAACUCAAGUUUAGGUUAUUAGGCACUUGAACUCUGGAAAACCUUCAGGGUAAAUUGUAUUUCAUAUUAUGAUGUAUUUAAAAUAUGUAGUUAGUAUCCCCUUUGUAUCCAGUUGAGCUGCAAGUUACCUUGUAUCGAUCAAAAUGUGAGAUGUGCCACCUUGUACCGAAGUAGGGGGUGUCACCAUGGUGGUUUGGGAGCAUUGGCCCCAUGAGAUUAUUUUUGCCCUGUGGAGCGCAAGUGGGGCGGAAGUGGGGGUCGUGUAGGUGGCAAGAGCUUGUGGAAGGGACUGAAAUCUCUCCAAAGUUUCAUGUUCAGCACCAAAAGGCAACAGGCACAGGGUGACUCCAGAAAUUCAUUUGUUGCACUUGAAUCUCUAGACAUUUCUCUCAUGUGGGUCUGAUUCAAACACAGCAUUCAAUUAACUGCAGAAAGUAUCCAUGACCUAGCCUUGUACAUUGAUUAGUCUCCUGCUGCUCCCUGUUCAUUCUUAGCACCCUUGCCUUUUUCUUGGGAGCAUGCCCUCCAUCUGUAUGUGAGAUAGUCUGGGGCAGCUGAGUUUGGGCUUAGGCAAACUUGAGGCGUGGGUUCAAAUGUUGGCACCACUGCUGAGAGCUGCCUGACCAGGGUCAAGCCUCAUCUUCCUAUGUGUAAAAUCCCGAUGCUGUUAGGAUUCAGGGAAAUGAUGCAUGUAAAAUGCCCAACUCAUGCAAAAUCCCCCACCCCUUUUUCUUGACUAAGCCCUUUAAAACUUUUUGGCUCCUCCAGAGAAGGCAGGGAAACUAACAUCUUUUGAGUGCCAUUUGGGGUCUGUGUCUCCUGUCGAAAUAGUCUUUUAUUUUUUGAAAAGUGUCUGUUGUCCCAGGUGCUGAACAAGAGGCUUUGGGGCUCACCUGUGAUCCCAGGAUGCCACCAUUCUUGUUUUGCCUUUCCACGUUGAAGUUCAUUCACUGAUGCCUCAUUUCCCAUGUGCAUCUGUCAUAGUCUGAGUACCAGAUUGUAUUUAGAGAAUGGCUCUUGCCACUGUUAUAUACACACAGAUCGUGUGUGUAAACAAGCAAAUUAAGUAAAUUGGAGAUAAUGAAAUACCACAUUCCAGCUUUUCGUGUGUUCCUUUCUCAUACCCUUAAGGAAGUCCACAACCAGUAAAGCUCAGCCCACUUUAUGAAAGUAGCAUUAAUGCUUUGUUGAGCUACUCAUUGUAUAUAGAGUAUUUCAUUGCUGUGGUUAAUCUUGUUUUUUCUCCUGAGUCCUGUAAACUAAAUAUAUGUUCAGUCAUACA